GAUCUGCCAAAAUGCCCAAGGAAAUCGUAACUCUGCAGCUAGGCCACACAGCUAAUUGGGUCGGAACACAUUUCUGGAAUAUUCAGGAAUCAUAUUUUCACUUCAACCCAGACGAUGAACCAGAAAUUCAACAUGAUGUUUUGUUCCGGGCCGGGAGCAACGUAUAUGGUGAAGAAACAUAUACCCCGCGGUUGAUCCUGUUCGAUCUGAAAGGUGGUCUGGGGACCUUGAAGAAAGUUAGUCCUCUAUACGAACCUUCAAACGAGAGCGCAUCCUACACCGCUGACACUUGGAGUGGCAAAGUUGAACGAUAUGCAGAAGAGCCGUACCCGAAAAACCAAUUCCUUCAUCAUCUGGACGAGCCCCCGCCAGAGACUACAAUACCACUCACUUACGCCGAUGAGCUUGAAAGAAAAGUGUCUGUAUGGUCAGAUUUCAACAAGCUUUAUUAUCAUCCCAAAAGUAUAGUCGAGAUACCCCACUACUUGCACGAGGACGACAGGAAUCCUUUUUCAACAUUCACCCAAGGUCUUGACAUUUUUUCGCAGCCUGACGUUAAGGAAGACGUCCUUGAUGAACGACUUCGCUUUUUUGUCGAAGAAUGCGAUUCGUUGCAGGGGUUUAACCUUGUGGCGGAUGCUGUAGACGGAUUUUCAGGCAUUACCGCCAGUCUGUUGGAAUAUCUUCGUGAUGAAUUUCCCAAGAAAGCUGCCAUAACUUUUGGAAUCCACAAGCCGCUUCCGCACGAAUACACUGAGAAAAGCCGAACCAUAUGUUCUAUCAAUUCAGCACUGCUUCUGGAGGCCGCCUGCCGAACAAGUUCCUUGUACAUUCCUAUGUUUCCACCUACGAGAAAUGAUCUUGAUCCCAAUGGAUGGUCUAAGUAUCUCAGCACAGAUUUUACCUCUAUAUAUCAUUGGAGUGCCUACCUGUCUACUGCCAUAGAGACCACACUACUCCCGGUUCGGGUAAAGGCGAAUCCGCUACAUAUGCUUGACAUGGCUGAUGUUGUCAGUGGCGGAAGCGCCCGUACAUUGGCGGCAUUAGCCUCUUCUCUUCCAUUUCCCAUGCCUAAGCAUGCACCUUUUACCACCGUGAUGAGCCCCCAAAAUUCAAGGAUACGAUGGAUGCGGGACUUGACUCAGCAGCUGCCAUAUGACUCGAUAGGAGACCAUUUCGGACACGUCGCCGUUUCACGAGGUGUAGCUGAGAUUGCAAAGUUUCAAAAUCACGAACAUCAACAAUGUCCGCCUACCAAAUCUCAAGUACAAGAGGCACUUGACAGGCUUUACAAUUCGCAGUCAGCAAUGGCUGGUGGCCGAAGCAUCGCGCUCGACCAGGCCAUGCCGGUCGCGGAAACUUUUCCUCAAUUUUUCACCGAGCAUGUUGAUAACAAUGGUCUUGUCGAUGAUCUGGCUGAGCGACCUAGCGGGGUUGUAACCCGAGUAGCUACAAUGACUCACCUACAAAUAUCACCUCAGCUGAAGAAAUUGAUCAUUGAUGCUGCUCGGACACUGACCAGAAUUUCAACACCUAUUGCUGUCUUAUAUGAGAAAGGGGAGCAUGGGAUAUCUGGAGAGGAUUGGCGGGCAAUGAGAGAGGCCAUUGAACAGCUGGCAGAGAAUUAUGAAGAAGAAUAAAGACUCGUGGUAUUGGCACAUUACCCCCACCAAUUGUAGAUGUCUGAAACCUUUAGCAUAGCCGCGGGCAAAUCUUUCUGACUCGAGCUGAGCAGUCAGUUCAUAUGUUAACUUUUGUAUUUGCUUUUUGUAUGAACGACAAAACAGAUCAAUCUUCUCCUGCUGGCACCUCCUCCU